CUCCACUACGUGGUCUCCCGUUUUAACCAACGCAGCCACGAAAUUUUCUCCAAGAACGAGGAGGAAGCAGAGUUAGACUUAGACCGGACCGAGAGGCAUGGCGAUGGCGCUCCACGGGCAUGCGAAGAGGAGUAGGCUCGCGGCGGCGCUGUGGCUCGUCUUCGUGGCCACGGCGAGCGUGGCGUCGGCGCGGUUCGUCGUGGAGAAGAACAGCAUCAAGGUGCUGUCGCCGCACUCGCUCCGGGGCCGCCACGAGGCCGCGAUCGCCAACUACGGCGUCCCGGACUACGGCGGCAUGCUGACCGGCGUGGUGCUGUACCCGGCGGACGCGAAGCAGGCCAACGGGUGCAAGCCGUUCGGGGCGACGGCGUUCAAGUCGCGGUCUGGCCGGCCCGUGGUGCUCCUGGUCGACCGCGGCGGCUGCUACUUCGCGCUCAAGACGUGGAACGCGCAGCAGGCGGGCGCGGCGGCGGUGCUGGUCGCCGACAGCGUGGACGAGCCGCUGCUGACCAUGGACACCCCGGAGGAGGAGACCCCCGACAUGGCCUUCCUGGCCAACAUCACCGCCCCCUCCGCCCUCGUCUCCAAGCCCUUCGGCGACGCGCUCCGCACCGCGGCGUCCGGCGACUCCUCCGCCGCCGAGGUGGUGGUCCGGCUGGACUGGCGCGAGUCGAUGCCGAACCCGGACGCGCGGGUGGAGUACGAAUUCUGGACCAACAGCAACGACGAGUGCGGGCCGCGGUGCGACGAGCAGGCGGCGUUCGUGGCGGCGUUCCGGGGCCACGCGCAGCUGCUGGAGAAGGCCGGCGACGCGCUCUUCACGCCGCACUACAUCACCUGGUUCUGCCCCGACGAGUACCGGGUCACGCGGCAGUGCGCGUCGCAGUGCAUCAACCGCGGCCGCUACUGCGCGCCGGACCCGGAGGGGGACCUGGGCGCCGGCUACCAGGGCCGGGACGUGGUGCUGGAGAACCUCCGGCAGCUGUGCGUGCACCGGGUGGCCAACGCCCGGAACGCGUCGUGGGCGUGGUGGGACUUCGUGGCCGACUACCGCGUGCGGUGCUCCAUGCGGGAGAAGAAGUACUCCCGCGGGUGCGCCGAGGAGGUGGUGGCGUCGCUGGGCCUGCCGGCGGAGCUGAUCGACAAGUGCAUGGGCGACCCCGACGCCGACGCCGACAACGACGUGCUCCGGACGGAGCAGAUCGUCCAGGUCGGGCAGGGCAACCGCGGCGACGUCACCAUCCUGCCCACGCUCGUCAUCAACAACGUGCAGUACCGGGGGAAGCUGGAGAGCACGGCCGUCCUCAAGGCGAUCUGCGCCGGUUUCAAGGAGACCACGGAGCCGCGUGUCUGCAUGACACAAGAUAUGGAGACGGACGAGUGCCUGCACAACAAUGGCGGCUGUUGGCGCGAUGAAAAGACUAACAUCACCGCCUGCAAGGACACGUACAGGGGAAGGGUGUGCGAGUGCCCGGCGGUGGACGGCGUCCAGUACGAGGGCAACGGGUACAAGGAGUGCAAGCCCGUCGGCCCCGGCCGGUGCGCCGCCAACAACGGCGGGUGCUGGAAGGAGACGAGGCACGGCAAGACCUUCUCCGCCUGCAAGGGGUCGGGGUCGCUGAGCGGGUGUGAGUGCCCGCCGGGGUUCAGGGGAGACGGGCUCACCUGCGAAGACGUGGACGAGUGCAGCGAGAAGGCGGCGUGCACCUGCCCCGGCUGCUCCUGCAGGAACACCUGGGGCGGGUACCACUGCCGGUGCGGCGGCGGCGGCAACCAGGUGUACAUCCAGGCCGAGGACACCUGCGUGGGGAAAAGCGCGGCGGCGGCGGGGUGGCUUGUGACGGCGCUGGUGCUGUCGUGCCUCGCCGGCGCCGGGCUCGCCGGGUUCGCCUUCUACAAGUACAGGCUCAGGCGGUACAUGGACUCGGAAGUGGCGGCGAUCAUGUCGCAGUACAUGCCUCUGGAAAGCCGCUGAGGGAGGAGGCCGUGGAAGCAGCAUAGGUGGCCAGGCAGCUCUGAGAGUUCAAGAUAGAUUUCCCACAAGUGAUGAAUACCACCAUGGCGCAUAUGGAAGAAGUUGCUUAUAGCUUUACCUGACAGGCAGGAACUCUAGCAUUUUCUGCUUGUUGCUUUUGUAGAUAAGAAUUGUGCCAGAUAGAUUUCGAGACGACACACGGAACAGAGAUAAGGUUGCACAUAGCAGUUAUGAAUCUGCACAUUGCUGUACAAAUUUUGUGAUUUUACAUACUCCCUCUGUUCACUUUUGUAAGACGUUUUAGACAGCUGAAAUUGAAUUGUUUUAGGUGCUGUCUUAAAUGUCUAAAACGUCUUACAAAAGUGAACCGAGGGAGUAGCAGAUAAGGUUGGGCAUAGCAGUUAUGAAUCUGCAGUGGACAAGAAUAGCUGCUGGUAGUGAAACAGAUUUGUUAUAGAGCUCAACAAGCAGAAUACUAGGCAUUCUCCGGUUUUGUGGCAUCAAUGUGUCUUCAACUAGUAGAUCAUUUUGACUUCU